GCUAGUAUAAGGUUGGGGGAACAACAGGUAACCGUAGGAUUUAAAUAUGAAAGAUUGAUCAAUUUAUGUUUCUAUUGUGGAAAGUGGGGCAUAUAGAGAAGGCCUGCUCAACGAGAGUGGAAGAUAUUGCAAAUCGCAAUCUCCAAGAGGGACAAUUUGGAGAUUGGAUACGGGUUUUGGAAACUUACCAAGGAAUAAAUCGGCAAAACUCAGAAUCUCCAUCAAAUCCAAGUGACAAUCAGACAGGAUAUGAGGGAGCAGCUAAAGUAUCCAAAUCACCCCCAAUGCUUAACUCUGAAAUCCCAAAUAACACAUCAACCAAACAUUCAGGGAAAUCAGAGGAAUUGCAUAAGGAACCUGGAAAGCAAGAUAAAGACACCCUAGAUCAAGAAAUGGCCACAGCACAAAAUAAUUCAGAGAGAUUAACAGAACUACAAAAGGAAACUGAAAUGAUAGAUACAACCACACUCCAUCAAGUACCAGUCACAACUCUCUACACCACUACACAUGACAUUACAGACAUGGUGCUGGUAAAUCCUCAACCAAAGGAAAUCAAAGAAAGCAACCCACUGUUAAUGAAUACUCAGAACCAAAUGCAACAAGCUCCCACACCCUCCAGGAAAACUUGGAAAAGAGUCAUCAAAUCAGAAGAUAGCUGCUCAAGGAAACCAAACAACUCAACAUCAGUUGGAGCUUCCAUUACAAAAAGAAUAAGAGAGGAACGGGAUAACACACAAGCAGCUGCAUAUAUACUCUCACAAGCAUCAAGAGCAGAGCCAUGA